AUGGCUGCCCCACGAGCAAUCAGACAGGCCUUCCUGGCCAUAGAGAAGUCGGAGGGUGUCGGUGCCCGCGUACGACGAUCCAUCGGCACUCCCAAGCUACGCAACUUCAGCCCCUUCCUCAUGCUGGACCAUUUCACCGUCGGCAAAGACGCUGGAUUCCCAGACCACCCGCACAGAGGACAAGAGACCAUCACCUACCUCCUCUCUGGCGGUGUAGAUCAUGAGGACUUCACCGGACACAAAGGCACCAUCGGACCAGGCGAUCUGCAAUUCAUGACUGCCGGUCGAGGCAUAAUGCACGCCGAAAUGCCUCACAACAACCCGGACGGCAGCCCUAACGUCGGCAUACAGCUCUGGGUUGACUUGCCCAAGAAGCUGAAGAUGUGUGAGCCCAGAUACCGUGAUCUUCGCGCCACGGAGAUCCCCGUUGCUUCCGCAGAUAACGGCCGAGCUACAAUCAAGGUCAUCUCGGGUAAAUCUCAUGGCAUAGACUCGGUCAAGGACCUAGCCUACACGCCCGUCUGGAUACUGGAUAUUACUCUCAAGCCAGGCGGAAGAAUCACCCAGACCCUACCUAUCGGAUGGAACGCAUUCGCCUAUACCCUUGAAGGCACCACCACUUUCGGCAAGAAGAGCGUCCCUCAGUACCAUAACGUCGUCUUCGUACAGGAGGGUGACUCUGUUCAGGCUUCGAACGAGUCUGGUGAAGAGACCCGUUUCUUGAUCAUUGCCGGCCAGCCUCUCGACCAGCAAGUCGUUCAGUACGGCCCCUUUGUCCUAAGCUCGACAGAGGAUGUCUACCAGGCUAUCAGUGACUUCCAAUCAAGCUCUAACGGGUUUGAACGGGCCAGAGGGUGGCAGAGCGAGAUUGGAAAGAGAAUGCUAUAG